UGGUUAUGAAAGCUUAAAGGAUGGGUGGGUUGGUUCUCGGCAAGUCAAGUUGCACGCCACCAAAAUUUAUACGCCUGCCCAGUGGGAAGCUAUUUGACUGCAGCCGCAAAGUACUGGUACAUAAUAUCACAGACUUGAAAUACGUAUGUUCUCGUUUAAAUAUAUCUGAAGAUGAGAAGUUCUUUAUCCUUACUGAAUAUAACGGUGAAACUUGUCUCGUUCCAAUUUAUUAUCCUCAUGAUCCCAAUAUUCUUCACUGCCGUACUUCAAAAGUUUUAAUCGCGUAUUAUCUAUGUGAACAAUUCCACCUUAAAUGUAUUCACCUAGACAGUCCACAGGAUUGUGCUGAUAUCAAGUUGGUCAGCGAUGUUGUCAUAGCAAAUAAGAAUCAGCUAAAUACCAGUGAAGAGGACUCAAAAGCCCUAGAAGAACUUUUAAAUUCUGAAGAAUUGUUUACACGAUUAUUAAGUGUGCUUUUAAGUAUUCCUGAGCUUACUACACAAUGGGUACAUGUGAAAUUUUACCUCUACUAUUCUUUGAAUGGUCCUGACCAUUUUAUCUCAAUGCUAAUGGGAUAUGACAACGUGAACUGAUGCACGUGUAUACUAAGUUUUGCAUUUCUUCUGACCGAUUGACUAUUGUGAAUUUAUGAACGAAAUAAUACUAUACUUUCUGCAGAUUUAUUUAUAUCUCUACCUAAAUGUGUUGAGAAAAGGCUCAUAGAUGCAAUGGUAGAUUUUUCGGUUCAACUUAUCUCUGAUUUUCAUCAUGAGAAGUUGAUUUGACAGUCUAUCUUGUGCCUCCUGUGAG